GUCUUAAAAAGUGUGGUGUUGUAGGACUUGUCCCCCACCAGAACAGGUAAUCCGUAACAGCAACAGUACUAUCUUCUGGAAUGGAUCUCAGCAAAGCCACCACAACCAUCAUCAUCACCAUACAACACUACACUGAUACUACACACAUCUGACACAACACAACACAUCACAACACAACACUUUUCACUGCAUCUUUCAUUCCAAAUACACUCCAACCCCAACAUGACAAACAACAUACCUUUGCCACUUCAUCAUUGAGUUUUGUCUCAAACACCAACCAACAACUAUCUUUUCCCUUAUGGAAAUUACACAACAAAGCGCAGCCAAAGCCAAAGUUUCACCUUCUUCACCUUCACUUUCCAAGGUGGUUGUUUUCUUCUUGUGUUCAAAACUAAACUACUACUCUUCUUCUUACCUGUUUCUAUUCACUCUUUGUCAUGGAAAUGGAAGCCUUUGCCCCACAUAGGAUUAGUGAUGGUUUUCAAGUGAGUUGUGGUGUAAUUGGAAAUGGGUAUGGUUCAUCUUCGUCUCUAGUGUUGGAUAAGGAGAAGGGAGAGCUUGUGGAGGCCCCUGUCAAAUUGGAACGCAAGGGUGUUUCUCCUGAGAGAAGCAUUGAAGCCUUGAAGAACCAUAGUGAGGCAGAGAGGAGAAGGAGAGCAAGAAUUAAUGCACAUCUUGAUACACUUCGCUCUGUCAUUCCAGGUGCUAAGAAGUUGGACAAAGCAACCUUGCUGGGUGAGGUUAUUAGACAUUUGAAAGAUCUGAAAACAAAUGCAGCACAAGCUAGUGAAGGCCUAAUGAUACCAAAGGACAGUGAUGAAAUAAGAAUUGAAGAACAGGAGGGAGGAUUGAAUGGCUUCCCUUACUCAAUCAGGGCAUCACUAUGCUGUGAAUACAAACCCGGGUUAUUAACUGAUAUAAGACAAGCACUUGAUGCACUUCAUCUUAUGAUAAUAAGGGCUGAGAUUGCAACCUUGGGAGGAAGGAUGAAGAAUGUGUUUGUGAUAAUUAACUGCAAAGAACAAAAUGUUGAAGAUGCUGAGUACCGCCAGUUUCUGGCAGGGUCUGUUCAUCAAGCUCUAAGAUCUGUGUUGGAUAGAUUUUCUGUUUCACAGGACAUGUUAGAAAGCAGGAAGAGAAGGAGGAUUUCUAUAUUCAGUUCUUCAUCUAUAGGAGAUUUCUUAUGAGAACUUUUCUUUAUAAACAUGUAAUUUAAAUAUCCAUAUGCAUGGCAUAUUGGCAUAUAUCUGAAUAUGAUGAGGGAGUGACUGACAUUAAUUAGCAAAUAGCAUUUUCACUUGUUAGGGAAAGUUUGUACUUUCUGAAGAAUGAAGAUGAAGAUGAAUCAUGUGAAUCAGAAUCUGGGUUUGUACAUGUGUUGGUAGCAUUCAUAGUCACAGAUAGCAACUUUACUCUUUUGACCAUAGACAGAAUUAGUGGACUCUUUCUACUAUAUUGUACCUUGUUUAGUCAAAAGUUUCUUCAGUCAUGAAUUCUCUUCGUGAGUAAUAACAACUUGGGGUUCUGGGAUAAGAAGUAUAUGACAUAUGAAGAAAGCAAAGCCUUUGUAAGAUGCUGUUUUGGAAGUUGUUAAUAAAUAAAUUGAUCUAUGUUAUGCAUUA